AUGGCUGGGUUCCUCAUCCGCUCACCCGAGGCCAGAGCAAAGAAAAAGAGGCUCCCUCCAGUGGGCUCCCUGGCAUCUGAGUGCCACUGUGCCACUGUCUCUAUCCACCUGCAGCCAAACCCUGCUUUGCUCCAACGAUCCUGCUCUAUGCGGACGGGCAGCAUCUUGGGCAUAUCCCCAAACGACAACCCGUUCGUUAUCCGAAUUCCCUCCAAGACAGAGUUCGGCUAUCCCCACGCUGCGAAACUGCCGACAUAUGUCGUGCUGACGCUCUGCCCAAUCCUGCCGAGUCGUGCGCCUGAGUCAGACUUGGUCCUCGUCAUGAAGAAAAGUCCACGGCCAGCCCGCAUGAAUCUGAAGCCCGGCCCAGGAGUUUGCAACGUCUUCAGCUUGUUGUUCCAGCUUGAUACUGGGAGCAGACCAGAAAACAUCAAACCCCUCAUAUACACCAUGGCGACGGCGUGCUUUGCGGUGGCCAAGGGGACUGUCAUGGAAACCACAAAAACCAAACAAAGUGGUCGAACACGGCUCAGGUCAAGAUCCGGACCGCACGCGACGGACCCGAUCAAGAAUCCGGUCCUCGAGGGAACUUGUCUCCUAGUCGGAGAUCCAUUCGGGCCCCUCAUCCCGGUACAGCAAGCGGCCAGCUUUGCCAACCUCGAAAUAAGUCCAGAGACGUCCAGACACCAUAAUGCCUCCCAAUAUGCCAGCCCUGUGCCCCAUUCACGCACGUGUGCUGCAUCGUCAGCUUUGAUAAACAUGCCUCCCCAGCGUCGAGCCCGUCGUUGUGCUAGCGGGAUCUACGCUGGUCUAACGGCUUACACUUUGGGACUAAAACAGCACCGCUCGGCACUCCCUCUGGCCCUGCCGUGUUGUAGGCAAGCCAGAUGGUGUCCUCUGCUGCAACUAACGGCCAUCGUAGUUCUAGAAUGGACUUCCCCCAUCGGACUAUUACCUCCACCAUCGUGUCUCUCCCGUCCCUCGCGCGACCAAUCAGCUAACACCAGCGGCCGGACCGCUCGACCUCCGACCUCCGACCUUGCUGCACAGUUCUCGAAAUAUACUCGUCGUCACCAGUGUCACAACAUUGAAACGCCCCUUUUGCAAGCCCCGAGCGUGCACCUACACAACGUGCCCCAAGAGCCACAAGCACAGAGACGCCCAAGGGAGGCCUGGGUCCUGUCGCCUGGCGGAGACUCUGAAAGGAGGCGGCGGGGAGGCGCACCUCCGAGACGUGUUCCAGCCACCAUGUCGCGAUUGUGUGGUAUGCGCCCUGAAGGGCUGACGGUAGACUCGAGGUUCAGUCCUCUUCCGUCGAUGUGUUUCUUCGAUACCAUCAUCAUCCCUUUACCGGCGUGGAUUCGUCUGACAGUCACUUUCGCCCUUUUCCACUUCAUUGUGCCGGUUCUCAUCGUCGACAAGAUUAAGCGAUAUACCGUGAAGAAAGAAUGGCAGAGGCAUGCUCAAUUAUCCGUCUAUUUCUUCUCUAUACUCGUCGUGUUUCUCAUGGAGAUUAUGGAAAUCGCCAGACUCGCAGAGAUUCGCUAUGCCAUUGGCCUUCUUCCUUUCGUCUUUGCUGGCUGCGGCGUAUGUGCAGUCAUGCAGGCCACCCGCGGCAUCAAGGGCAAGAUUCGCAAUUGGCAGGUGGCUAACAUCAUUUUCUGGAUCAUGAGCGUCGCUGUCACCAUUAUCAAGAUCCUCACGAUUCAGCGCUCAAGCAUGCGAUUCCCCGAGUUCCGGCGAAUGGGAACCGACUAUCCGACGACGCACCAGGUCCAGGACUUGGCCGUCAUUGCCGGGUUCUACGUCCUUCUCUUGAUCAACGAGAUUGCGCUCUUCUUCCAGAAGACUUGGGAAGAGACUGUCGACGCUGAGAACAUCAAAAAGCUCCGCCUCACCAGGUCGAUCAGCGACCAAGCCCGCUACGAUCUCACCCGGGCUAUUGAGGAGGGCUACUACCCCUCGGGCGUCACGUAUCUGACCCUUAGACUCGAGGGCGAAUCUCAGAGCGAGAAGGCCGUCAGCAAGGACGACAUUCUCAAGAAGACGGCCAGCAUGGACGCUUCUAUCGCAGGGUCGUCUUCCAGCGAGAAGACGGCUGGCAAGAGGCUCACGGAUGAGGAUUCCAUCGAACCAGUACCCAUGAUACCCCCUAGCUUCAGACGCAACAGUGAGCGGUGGUCGUCGGCCAUGACGCUCAAGGAUGCUGCCGGAGAUGACAUGAACGAGAAGGUCGGCGGCAAGGACAACAACAAGAAGCGCGGCAGCGAGAGGUGGUCGAAUGCCAUGACAAUCAAGGAGCCCACAGCUCUCCGUGACUGUCAUGACAAGCGUGUGUCAAGCUUCGCCUCCCCGAUGGUUGCCGACAUCGACGAGAUCACACCCCUGGACCCCCCUUCCACCUCAUUCUCCAGAUAUGAAGACGAGCAUGCCGCGCAGAAAGCCAUGCUUCUCGACAGCCCCUUCCCCAUGAAAGAACUUCCCGACAGGCGCUCCUUCAUGCUCAAGCCCUCGCGCCCCAACACCGAGAGAUGGUCCAACGCCAUGACUCUGCGCGGCGAGCCGUCAUCCGGCAGCGGCAGCCAGGAGCCUUCGCCCAAGGAGCAUAAGGAGUAUAUGCCCUCGGCGCCCCCGGCCGCGGCGACGGCUCCGACCACGCCGGAGCGCAGGGCUUCGGCUAGCGAGCGGAACAUGAUGAGGAGAUACUCUGACGCCUCCACACGGUCUAUCAGGAGGUUUUCUGCACGCAGUGACCUCCGCGAGGCGGCGGCCACAGCGGCGGCGUUUGUGGAUGGUGAUGAGCCGCUCACUUCGCCAACGGAAGCGCAUCCUUUGCAGCCGAAUCACCACACGCCAUAA